AUGAAAUUAGAUGUGUCAGAGAAAACUAUAACGAGAAUUACAAAAGAAGGUAUAACAGCGGCGAGUACUUCGAAAAAAAUUGUCACCCCGGGGAAGAGUCGCUCGCAUCCGAAAAAGUUCGACUUAGACGGGUUCGAUUUGUGUGCUAUCCGGCAAAAAAUUCACAGUUUUUACGUUGUGCAUAAAGAAUUACCAACUUUGGCUAAAUUACGAGCAGCUCUUAGAGAAGACAUCAAUUUUCAGGGAAGCAUCACAACUUUGCACAGGAUAUUAAAUAGGAUUGGUUUCAAGUACAAGCGAUGUCAAUCCAGACGCGAGCUACUUAUGGAACGUCACGACAUUACCGCAUGGCGUGCAAGAUAUUUGGAUAAAAUACGAAUAAAUCGCACUGUGGAAAAACGACCCGUUGUAUACUUAGAUGAGACCUAUAUACACAAUACUUAUCAUAUAAAAAGUUGA